AUGGAGAAUAUAGAGACGCUGUUGGCUGCUGUGGCUCAGACGCAGGGGUUAGAAGAUGAUGGGCCUGCUGUUAAAACUGGUGUCGAGCGAGGGCCGGAGAAUUCUGAGGCCCCGUCGGUGGAUGUGCCGGCUCCGGCGCGGGCGCUGGCGCCGGCGCCUCCGGCGGCAGGGCAGGUGAUCGACGCUGCCGUGGACAAGAAGAAGAAGAGAGGGUGGCCGAAGGGGCAGACGAGGGCAAAGCCACCACCACGUAAGCGGAUUAAGCCGGAAAAUGAGGAGGAUGUUUGCUUUAUUUGCUUCGAUGGGGGUUCUCUGGUGCUCUGUGAUCGCAAGGGCUGCCCAAAGGCGUAUCAUCCAGCAUGCAUCAAGCGGGACGAAGCAUUUUUCCAGUCGAAAGCUAAGUGGAAUUGUGGCUGGCACAUAUGUAGUGUAUGUAGAAAGACUUCUCAUUAUUUGUGUUACACUUGCACCUAUUCACUGUGCAAAGGAUGUACGAAAGAUGCAGACUACGUUUGUGUCAGAGGAAACAAAGGAUUUUGCACGAUUUGCAUGAAAACAAUCAUGCUGAUUGAAAACAAGGACCAAGCAAACACUGAGUCGGUAGAUUUUGAUGACCAAACUAGCUGGGAGUAUCUAUUCAAGGUGUAUUGGGUAAUCUUAAAGGAGAAGUUUUCAUUGACACUCGACGAGCUGAUUCGAGCUAAAAACCCCUGUAAAAGUGUCCCGGCUGAAACAGCACUACUGAGCACCGGUUUUGAUGUAAAGAAAACAGAUAAUGAUAAUAUUAUUGGGGUUAUAACGCCAGGUCAUGAUAAAGACACCACAAAACCGAUCGCGUAUGAAAUCAAUAACGAGACGAGCACUUGGAAAGAUUCUGAGUGGGCAACUAAGGACCUGUUGGAAUGUGUUUCCCUCAUGAAAAAAGGCGAAAAAUCGGUUAUAUCUGAGUUUGACGUGCAAACGCUUUUGCUCGACUACAUAAAGAAGAACAACCUGCGGGACCCACAUCGAAAAAGCCAGAUCGUGUGCGAUCAGAGUCUCAGAAACUUGUUCGGCAAGCCAAGUGUCGGCCAUAUCGAGAUGCUGAAGCUUCUCGAGCUUCACUUUAUUCCGCCCGGGCUCGUUAGUUCUCGUACGAUUAGUAGAAAGCAGAAAACGAGUAGUAAAAAGUGUGAGGAGAGAGCACCACAACAGAAUAAUGACUCGAAUGAGUAUUGUGCAGCGAUUGAUGUCCACAACAUUAACUUAAUUUAUUUGAGGCGUAAUGUGUUGGAGAAACUUAUCGAUGAUCGUGAGAGCUUCGAAAGUAAAGUUAUCGGGUCCAUUGUAAGGAUUAAAAUAUCGAGUGACGAUCAGAAGCUGGAGGUUCUUCACAGGCUAGUCCAAGUAGUAGGGACUAGUAAGGUUCUUGGUGAACCAUAUAGCGUUGGCAGCAGGACAAAAGAUUUUAUGCUUGAAGUUUUGAAUUUGGACAAGAAAGAAGUUGUAUCAAUUGAUGCGGUUUCGAAUCAAGAGUUUACUGAGGAGGAAUGCAAACGGCUACGUCAAAGUAUGAAAUGCGGGCUUGUGAAGCACUUUACUGUUGGUGAGAUACAAAAUAAAGCUAUGGCACUCCAACCAGUAAGGGUUGACGAUAUGCUAAAAUUGCCCGAAGAGCGUAGCAGAAGAAUAUCCGAAAUCCCAGAGGUGCACUUGGAUCUGAAAAUGAAUCCGAAUUAUGAAUCGGAGAAAGAUACCAAAAGUGCCGGUGUUAGUAAAGCAGAUGAAAAUGUGCGGCCAAGCGACUCGGAUCUUCCUCCUCAAAAUGAAAGGAAGAAGCCCAUUUCUUCUAAUAAAAAAGAUAAAGAAGAAAGGAUCGUCCGGACACGAAAUAGAGUGAGAAAGAAAAUCAAAUCUGGCGAAUCAAGUGGUAUUAAGAAGGAUCAAGCCUUGCAAAGUUCUGUAUUAGAGACUUCACUAGCAAUUGCCUCAGUGGAAAACUCCCAACCGACGAGUAUAAUGGAGACCGAGAACCUGUGGCACUAUCGAGAUCCCAACAGUAAGAUUCAGGGCCCGUUUUCGAUGAUUCAGCUGAGAAAAUGGAGCACGACUGGACUUUUCCCACCGGACAUGAGAAUAUGGACGAAUCAUGAGCAGUACGACUCGUUGCUUCUCACGGAUUGCCUGGCCGGAAAAUUCCAUUUAGCUUUAGAUACGUCACAUUCAGGCACACAGAACGAGGAAGAAGUGCCUGCAGAGGAAAUCAGGGUUCUAAGUGAGGGUACAAAUGUCAAUAGUGGUGACAGUAAUCAAACGAAACCAGGCUUGGCUAGUAAUACGGGCCUAACAUCCAAGAAAAAUGCUGAGCCCGUUAAGGAAGAUGCAUCUGCCGCCGAACGUAAUCCUGCCGUCGCCGCCGUUUGCUAUAUAAUAUCGUUUCUUUCGCGAUUCGAUUCAUGA